AUUUUUAUACUUUUUUUGUAGAGACAACAGCUUGCUAUGUUGCCCAUGCUGGUCUUGAACUCCUAGGCUCAACUGAUCCUCCCACCUCAGCCUCCCAAAGUGCUGGGAUUACAGGCAUGAGCCACCACACCUGGCCAAAAUUGUCCACAUUUGACUGAAUGCUAUCUCACGUAUCUUUCUUUUUCCUCUUUCCCUCCUUCCCUCCUGUUCCUCCUUCUUCCCCUCUUUUUUCCUGUCUUUUUCUUCCCUUCCUCUGCCUCUCUCUCCUCUUGCCUUUCUUCUUGCUGGUACUCAAACCUGGGACAUUGGACCUGGACAUGGGACAUUUGCUCAAUCAUUGAGAGACGUAAUCUCAUGGUGGAGUGUCUGCUGGUUACUGUUGGGUGGCAGGAUCCCAACUCCAGGCUGUUCUUCUAAUCCAAGAAGUCCCACUUCUGCCAAGAGCGUUCCAUGGCCCCCCAGGGCCCUAUGCGAUCUGCCAUAGUGGCAUAAUGAUUCCGUCUGCGAUACGCCUGGUUCAAAUCUUGAUGCUACCGUGCACCUCCUUCAGCCCUGUGGGAACUUUCUUCUUAGCAUUUCUGGUUCUCACCCGAUUCUCUUACCUGAGAAGUGGAGGUAAUAAUAGCACGGACUUCACUGGGGUGUGGGGAAUGCCAGGAGAGGCCAUGCGUGUCACGUUAUCCGGGUGGCAAGCCCAUAUUUAGGUCUAUGAAAAUAGCGGCUGUCAGCUGGUCUGCUUUCUGAAGAAAGUGCCUCUCUUCCUGCUUAAACCCCUGUCCCGACAGUCCCUGCCAAUCUCUCUGGUCGACCCCAGUGGGAGGAGGGACACAGGCUCCAAACUCCGCUUCGUGAAUUCCAGCCAGAGCUGUGACUGUGCCCGCUGAGUGGAUUGCCUUGUCAGGGAGCGAGUGCCCCAUCGUCGGGAGAAUCCAAGCAGGACUGCCAUGGAGGAAGGUCAAUAUUCAGAGAUCGAGGAGCUUUCCAGGAAGAAGGGGUGCUGCAGGCACUGGACUCAGACCAUGCUGCUGGGGCUGCUGACCGCUGCUCUGUGGGCUGGGCUGCUGACUCUGAUUCUCCUAUGGCACAGGGACAACACACAGAAUCUGAAACAGCUGGAAGAGAGAGCUGCCCGGAACGUCUCUCAAGUUUCCAAGUACUUUGAAAGAUACCAGGGUGACCAGAUGGCGCAGAAAUCCCAGGCCACGGAGAUUUCACAGAGCCUGGAGGAACUUCGAGCUGAACAGCAGAGAAUGAAAUAUGACUCUGAGAUGUACUGGAACCUGAAUAGACUUCAAGCAGAUCUGAGCAGCUUCAAGUCCCAGGAAUUGAAUGAGAGGCACGCAGCUUCGGAUUCGCUGGGGAGACUCCAGGAGGAGGUGAGGAAGCUGCUGAUGGAGCUGCAGGUGUCCAGAGGCUUUGUGUGCAACAUGUGCCCGGAAAACUGGGUCAGUUUCCAACAGAAGUGCUACUACUUCGGCAAGGGCACCAAGCAGUGGGUCCACGCCCGGUACGCCUGUGAAGACAUGGAAGGGCAGCUGGUCAGCAUCCACAGCCAUGAGGAGCAGGACUUCCUGAUCAAGCACGCCAGCCGCACGGGCUCCUGGAUUGGUCUUCGGAACUUGGACCUGAAGGGGGAGUUUAUCUGGAUGGACGGGACCCCUGUGGACUACAGCAACUGGGCUCCAGAGGAGCCUACCAACCGGAACCAGGGCGAAGACUGUGUGAUGAUGCGGGGCUCUGGCGACUGGAACGACAUCUACUGCGACCGUAAGCUGGGCACCUGGGUAUGCGAUCGGCUGGCCACAUGCACGCUGCCAGCCAGGGAAGGUUCCGCGGAGUCCCCGGGACCUGAUUCAGAACCAGACCAAAAUGGCCGCCUGCCUACCCCCUCUGCCCCUCUCCACCCUUGAGCAUGGACCCAGCCAGCCCAGAGUGAAACCCUGAAGAUCCCCAGCCACAGCCUGGACGCCUCUUUGAGGCUGAAAAAUCCCUGUGACAUUUUCUUCCACCCAAAUGGAGGCAGCUGACACAUCCCAGCUCCUCUGCAGCCCCUGCCUCCCCAGAAGUGCCCCUCAACAGCACCCUGUCCAGAUGGGAGUAUCCCCAAUACCACCCUCUCCAGAUGCACCCCCAUGUCCUCAGCACCCCAGGACCUGAGCACCCCCUGCUCAGGCGGCGAGUCCUCCUGUCCAGCCUGCAUCAGUAAAAUGCAAUCAUGUCCCCC